AUGUCAUGCCCUCAGUGCUUUUCUGGCCACAUCAACCCAGGCACUCCAACUGGUCGUUGGGAUACCAUUCAUGGCCUUCGGACCUACAUUGCAGAACCCCCGGCUGGCAAGAGUCCGAAAGCUAUCAUUGUCAUAAUUCCUGACGCGUUCGGUGUUGACUUUGUCAAUAAUCAGAUUCUCGCGGAUCAUUAUGCUUCAGCUGCAGACUAUCUGGUCUACCUGCCGGAUUUCAUGAAUGGCAAGGCGGCUCCAGUCAGGACAGUGAUCAACAUGGCGCACCUUUGGGACGAGACCGGAUCUUGGUUGCUCAAACCGUACUAUCUUGUUGCUACUAUGCUUGACUUUGUGCCAUUCCUAAUUCGCAACCGCUUCAGUGUCUGUUGGCUAAGGGCGACUGGGUUCUUGAAAGAAGUCCAGCGACAUAAAGACGCAGCUCUUGCUGUUGGAAUUGCCGGCUUCUGCUGGGGUGGGCUACACACUGUUAGACUCACCCACGACACGGCGGAAACGAAGACAGCUAGUGGUCAUGCACUGGCAAAUGCGUUUUUUACUGCCCAUCCAAGUAGCGUCGAUGUCGUCCAGGACAUAGGCAACGUCGCACGUCCUCUCUCUAUUGCAAUUGGCGACGAUGAUCCUGUGAUGGGAAUGAAGCAAGUGCGGCAAGCUGAAUCAAUCUUGGAGAGCAAGGAUGUCGAUACAAAUGUGGUUAUUUACCCUGGAGCAAAGCACGGGUUUUCAAUUCGUGCAAGCAGGGCGGAGCCAGAUUCGAAAGAGACGCGACAGGCAGAGGAAGCCGAAGAACAGGCUAUUGCUUGGUUUAAGCGGCAAUUCAAUAGCAUGGCAUAG